AAGCUCGUUUGUUGCAAGAUACAAUAUGGAAAAGGCUUCCCAAAUCAAAGGGCAACUUGAGCCAAAUAUGUCAGAAAAAGACAAAGAGACCAAUUUGGAAGAAAAAGCCAUGAAAAUCAAGUUGGGAAAGAUUGCGUCACACUACAUAGGCAUACAUACCAUCUCACUUGGUCAUUUAAAAGCCAGUGAUAUGGUCAGAUCUUUAGAUGAUGCAAAUGUCAGAGCCAUCGCAAAGUCCUUUGAGAUGAGUGUGACACAAUGUGGAGAUGUGCCAGCAUUGACUGUGAAUGUAGGAAUACGUAAUGCUGAUGAAUAUGAUACAUCACUGCAGCACACAAUAAUAGAUGGAAAUCACCGUUUCGCAGCAGCAAAGGUGGCGGGAACACCAUCUAUGUUUCAGUGUAGGGUUUACUAUAAUCUAUCCCCUGCAUUGUCGAUUCCACUGGGCAUACAACAAAAUGAUAACAAUAUUAGAGCCAAGCCUAUGUGUGAUCUAGAGCUCAUUGCUAUUAUAAGAAAAAGAUUGGAGAGACAAGGGGAUAUACAACAAAAAGAAGUGGCAGCACCAGUACCAGAAACGUACACGGAUAUAUAUUCAGAUCUCCUGGUGACAACAGUGAGUAUACAUUUUUGUUGAUUAAAAUUGAUUGAUUAAAAACCAAUUUCAACUUUUGUUAAAAAUUUUAUUGAACUUUUC